CCCCACACCUGGGCCUGGCGGGCCGUGAGCGUGGGCAGGGGCAAAUCCUGCAAUCCUGCUGGGGAUGUGGGGUGAGUAACGCCUCAAACACCCCCAAUUCCACAGGAAUUUGUUUGUGUCUGCAGGGUUUUUCCCAGGACCCUCGAUCAGAGCCAGGACCUCGAGCAGCCAUGACACCCCCCAGGACCCAGCCGUGGCUCGUCCCCUCGUGCCCCAAGCUGGACAUGUGCAUCCCCUUCCUGGGCAAGUACCACCGGCCGGUUUCGGGGCGCUCCUGCCAGACCUGCACGCCCAGGAGCUGGGAUGGAUUCUACCCCGAGGAGCUGGCCCCUCUGGGGUUCCGCGACGCCAGCCGCCUGACGGAGGCGGACACGCGGUUCCGGGGCUGGCUGGUCCGGAGGAUCUGUGGCUUCCUGGCCGCCUGGGAGUGGGAAAUUCCAGCAGAGAGCCCCGGGGAGCUCCUGCAGCGGAUCUGCAGCAGCCGGAGGGUGCGGGAUGCUGCCUCCAGCCCGGAGCCUGGCCCCCGAGGGGAUGAGGGAUCCCAGCAGUGCCGCAAGGAGGAGAUCUGCCAGAUCCUGGGGGAAAUCCAGGCCCCACUGUCCCCCCUGCUGCUGAGGCUGUGCCACUGGCUGCUCCCCAAGCUCCUGACCCGAGUGUUCCUGAGCGUGCAGGUGCACCGGGCGCAGCUGGAGAUGGUGCUGCGAGCUGCCAGGACGCCCGAGGUGCCGCUGGUGUUCCUGUGCAGCCACCAGUCCCCGCUGGACGGGCCCCUGCUCUCCUUCCUGCUGCUGUCCCAGGGCGUGGGGCUGCCCAGGGUGGCCGUGAGCACCAGGACCAGCCCUCGCCUGAGGUCCCUGCUCCAGCGCCUGGGAGGGAUUUUCUUGCCUUCGGGCUUGGCCCCGCCGUGCAGUGAGCGGGACGAGGGGCUCCCCGGGGCCGUGCUGGACGCGUACGUGCAGGAGGUGAUGCGGAGCCGCCGGCCCCUGGUGCUGUUCCUGGAGGAGCCGUCGGGGUUCGCGCGGCUGGCGGAGCCCGCGCGGCGCUGGCUGCUGCGGCUGCUGCGGGCGCUGCGCGACGGCGCCGUGCCCGACGCGCUGCUGGUGCCCGUGGGCAUCGCCUACGACCUGGCCCCGGGCGGGCUGCGGCGGCGUGCAGCGCCCCCGGAGCCCCUGGGGCUGGGCUCGUGUCUGCGGGCAGCGUUCCAGGCCCUGUGCUGCCGGCACCAUGGCUUCGCCCGCGUGGACUUCUCUCAGCCCUUCUCCCUGCGGGAGUUUGUGGACAACAACCUGGUGGGGCCCAUGCUCAGAGGGAGUCCCCCGGAGCAGCUGCUGCUUCCCACCAUCCUGGGCAGGGGCCCGCUGGAUGUGGGGAGCGUGGGGAAUUCGGGCCCCACUUCGGGGACAGAAGAGGAGAUUUUGGUGACAGCACUGGGGCUGCAUGUGCUGAGCGAUUGCAGGGCCUGCUCUGCCGUCACAGCCGUGGGAAUCACCGCAGCGCUGCUGCUGCACCGCUACCAGGAGGUGGUGCUGCUGCCCCAGCUCAUGUGGGAUUUCUCCAAGCUGCUGGAGCAGCUGCUGCUGCGGGGCCGGGCCGUGAGCUGCUCGGGGCGGCUGCGGGUGCUGCUGCUGCACAGCCUGCGCCUGCUGCCGCCCCUGCAGCGCCUGCAGCCCCCCCUGCGCCUGCUGCAGCCCCCGCGCGCCUCGGCCCGGGCACGGCUGGGACAGCUGGCAGGGGGGGUCCGGCACCAGCUGGCCGGGGAGGCCGUGGGCGCCUGUGCCAUCCGUGCCCUGGUGCUGGAGAUGCUGCCUGUGCUGGGGCCGCCCUCCAGCCUCACCAAGAUCGUGCUGAGCCGGGACGAGCUGCUCCACAAGAUCCUGGAGCUGCUGCAGCUGCUGCCCCCCACCCUGCUGGGGCUCCAGCCCUGCCGGCCUCCUGACUGCCACAGCCUGGACGUCCUGGACAAGCUCAUCCUCGGGGGGCUGCUGGAGGAGGAGGUGGCCGAGGAGGAGCGCUGGGGCUGCGAUGUGGCCCCGCGGCGCCUCGGGCAGGGACAGUCCCUGGGCUUCUUCACGGAUGACAGCGACAGUGACGGCGAGCUCGAGCUCGGCGUGCCCAAGCAGUGCUACAAGCUCCGAGGGCCCCAGGGCUUCCCCGGCUUCCUCCUCUUCCUCUGCCGCCUGCUGAGCCCCGUGCUGCAGACCUACGGCCGCGCCGUGCAGUUCCUGCAGAGACCCCCCUGGCCCCAGCCCGAGCAGGACUACGUGGAGGCGCUGCUGGAAUUCCUGGCCGAGGAUGAGGAUGGGUAUCCCGACAGGAGCCUGGCCCUGAGCUCCCUGCAGAGUUUCAAGGACAUGGGGGUGCUGGAGGAGCUGCAGACCCCCACGGGACCCGCCCUGCAGCUCUCCCAGCCUUUCCAGUCUGCUUCCAGCCGGGAGAAGCUGGCAGCCUUCAUCCAGCAGUUCACGCAGCUGUAGCCCCCCGACCCCCCAGACCCAUAAACGCAGAG